GCCGGGAGCCCCGGGAUUGUUCCCGGCGCAGGGAUGGGGAGCUGCGGCUUUCGCAGGCGGGACCAGCACCGAAGGCUCGGCUUCCUCCUGCUGCUCCUCCUCGGCUUCCUGCUGCUCCGCAGGUUGAACUGGAGCAGUCUGAUUCCGUUGCGGUUCUGGAACCGGCACCUGGGACUACAGGCCGAAGGCUCGGAUUUCAGACUGGAGGGUGAGAAGAUCCAGAUCUUUGGAGGCUCCAUGCACUACUUCCGAGUCCCCAGGGAGUACUGGAGAGACCGCCUUGUGAAAAUGAAGGCCUGCGGCCUCAACACCCUCACCACGUAUGUCGCUUGGAAUCUCCAUGAACCAGCAAGAGGGAAGUUUGACUUCAGCGGGAACCUGGAUCUGGAGGCCUUCAUCAGGAUGGCCGCGGAUGUUGGGCUGUGGGUCAUCCUGCGUCCGGGCCCUUACAUCUGCUCCGAGUGGGAUCUCGGGGGCCUGCCCAGCUGGUUGCUGCGGGAUAAGGACAUGCAGCUGAGAACCACCUAUAGGGGUUUCACAGAUGCUGUGGAUCUGUACUUUGACCAGCUGAUGGCCAGAGUGGCCCCACUUCAGUACAAGCGAGGAGGUCCCAUCAUUGCUGUGCAAGUGGAAAAUGAAUAUGGAUCCUAUGGCAAGGACCCGCAGUACAUGACUUACAUCAAGACGGCUCUGCUGGACAGGGGGAUUGUGGAACUGCUCAUGACUUCUGACAACAAGGAUGGGCUGAGUGGGGGCUUUGUGGAAGGAGCUCUGGCUACCAUUAAUUUCCAGAAGUUGCAGAUGGCGAUCUUUAACUAUCUCCAUUCAAUCCAGGAGAAUAAGCCCGUAAUGGUGAUGGAGUACUGGACAGGAUGGUUUGACACAUGGGGUGGCCCCCAUAACAUCUACGAUGUGGAUGAGAUGGUAAAGACAGUGUCGACUGUCAUCAACACCGGGGCUUCCAUCAACCUCUAUAUGUUCCACGGUGGCACCACCUUCGGCUUCAUGAACGGGGCCCUGGAUUUUGACGAGUACAAGUCCGAUGUCACCAGCUAUGACUAUGAUGCAGUGUUGACUGAAGCAGGAGAUUACACAUCCAAAUACUUCAAACUCCGGCAGUUCUUCAGCAAGAUCAUAGAGGACCCUCUGCCCCUCCCGCCCACCCUGUCCCCCAAGGCCAUCUACGAAGCUGUGCAGCCAUCCCUCUACGUGCAUCUCUGGGACGUCCUGCAGUACACCGAGGAGCCCCUCAAGUCAGAGAAGCCAGUCAACAUGGAGAACCUUCAGGUGAAUGGAGGCAAUGGGCAGUCCUAUGGCUACACGCUGUAUGAGACCGUCAUCUCCGGGGGAGGGCUGCUUUCUUCCCAGAACCACGUGCGGGACAGAGCCCAGGUGUUUGUGAACACAGUGCUUGUCGGGUACCUGGAUUAUAACCUUCUGGAGCUCCCCAUUCCUGAAGGGCAGGGCUACCGUAAGCUGAGGAUCCUGGUGGAAAAUCGUGGGCGAGUCAACUAUGGGCUCGUCCUUAAUCAACAGCGCAAAGGUUUAGUUGGCGACAUCUAUCUGAAUAGAUCUCCUUUGAGGAACUUCAAGAUUUCCUGCCUGGACAUGAAUGUGAGCUUCAUUGAAAGCCUCCGCUCUACCCAGUGGAACCCAACCCCAGACGAAGUCAUGGGCCCGGCUUUCUUCCGGGGGACCCUGCAGGCCGGCACGCUCCCACGGGACACCUUCCUGAAGCUGGAGGGUUGGGAGAAAGGGGUGGUGUUUAUCAACGGCCGGAACCUCGGUCGCUACUGGAACGCCGGCCCCCAGGAGACGCUGUACCUCCCAGGAACCUGGCUUCACCCAGGAGGCAAUGAGAUCAUCAUCUUCGAGGAGCACCGGGCAGGCCGGAUCAUUCAGUCCACUGACACACCUUUCCUUGGGAGGACCCAUUAUAUGGACUGAGAGGAAGCGGUGGCUCCCGGCUUCCUUUGCCGGGUGCAUCCCUCUCGGCCCCCAUGAGGCAUUUGAAGGAUUCUCCAGCAGCAGCCCCACCUCCCUGGGUUGCCCGGGGGUGGGCAGGGGAGGCCGUGGAGGGGAGCGGGCCUGGAGGAUGGGGCUUCCUCUGGGUUUCAGGGCCAGCUGCAGGGACGUGUCUGGCUCCGACCUUCCAACCUCCAUCCAAAACACCCCUCAAUCGAGGGUCACUGAGUGGUGGAGGGGAAUGGGAGGGAGAAUCCAGCCCCCGUCUCUUGAUCAGCUCCCUUUGGGGAGUUCACCUGACUCCCUUCUCCUAGUUUUUGAGAGGAGGAGGGAAAGAGUGGUGAAAUUGGGCUGUGCAUGGGUGAGAUGGCCUUUGCUCCGUGGUCUGGGUGUAAGUCCCUGGCUUCCUGCGUUGAAACCUAGUUUCACAAUUGACCUGUUGGGAUGUAAGUACGUUCCUGGUUUUAGCUUUUUCACUAAUUUAAUUUCAAAUCGUGGGGCUCUGCCCUGGUUCCUGGGAAAUUGCGAUCCUACCAGCUGCUUCUCGCUCCACAGGUGGGAAGGGGAAGCAAGUUCCACAUCAAUCAGUGGGAGCAGGGCUAACCCCAGGGGACCCUCCCUCCUCCCCAGGCUCCCCGAGUUGGCAGGAUAGUUGUAUAACUCCCUCCAUCUUCACUGGUAACAGAAGAGGAGGAGGAGGAAUGGUAGCAGGGGUGAGUCCAGCCUGUUUCUAAGACCUCCCCCCACCCCUUUUUAUAAUUUAGAGAGAUCUAUUUUUAAUCCCAGUUUUACUGACAUAUACUGUACUGAAGCGUUUGGAGGAGGGAGAAACCCAGCUGCUCCCCUCCACCUCCAGCCCCACUGUCCACCCUCUGAGCUAGGGGGUGGUGUGGGCCAGGCCUCAAAAGGCCAAGCCACUCAGGAAUCAAGGUGCUGGACCCGGGCCCCUUGAAGAGCGCAUCACUGCCGUGGCCACCCUCAAGCCUUCCUCUACAGCUCCUUCCUCAUGAACCUUCGGGCCACCCUGAUCCAAGCCGGAGGAGGAAGCAGGUUACUUACUUGGAUUUGCCUUGGAAUUCCACUUCUGUUUUCUGUGUUUGAGGGGUUCCGUGUUCUGGGACCCAAGCCCAGCAGUUAGCUGUGGCUGUGUUGUCUGAUUUGCAAUAAAGUCCAGUGAUUGGAA